CCGCGCGCCCCGCCCCGGGGGCACUCUCGCCGCCGCCGCCCGCGCGUGCCACUCCCGGGACGGUUCCUACGCGGCGCCCGCCGGCCGCACCAUGGCUCCCCGGGCCGCCGUCGCGCUGCUGCUGGUCGGCCUGCUCGGCACGCUGGUGCCCGCUCGGGGCCAGGAUUUCGAUUUGUCGGAUGCCCUCGACGACAGUAACAAGAAACCCACAGCGCCCCCCAAGAAGCCCGGCACAGACAGUUCGGACUUGAACUUGGAAGACGCCCUUGGCGGGGGAGGAAGCCACGACCCAGUACCACCUAAACCACCCAAACCGAAGCCUAACCCAGACCCCAAGCAGCCUGGAUCUUCCGGCGGCUUCUCAGAUUCCGAUCUCCUCGAUGGAGCCUCAGAUGCAGGGGGCGGUGGCGAUGGCCCCGGCAGUGGAGGCCCGAGGCCUGAUGGGGAGGAGCAGGCUGACUCCCCUGGGGUGGUCCCUGGCAUCGUGGGGGCCGUCGUGGUGGCCGUGGCUGGGGCAAUUUCUAGCUUUAUCGCCUACCAGAAGAAAAAAUUGUGCUUCAAAGAAAACGCCGACCAAGGUGACGUGAGCUCGAAAAACCAGCAGAGCACCAACUCGGACCAACCCGUUCAGUGGACCCUUCUGGAGAGAUAGAAGCUAUGCAGCCGUCGAACGCGGCCCCCGUGUUUCCAGCAGGAUCCAGCCCCGACCUGCCCACGCCUGUGCUCACGUUGAGACUCUCUGUCAUGUUCCGCUUGACAUGUGUUUUUGCCUGUUUGCACCAUGCUGGGUGGAGGAACGUCACUGACACCCCGUGUUCAUUCGGAGGGGAUGCGUGGUCAGCUUAUCCGUGGCCGCUAGGGGUUUCCCCCGGGGGGCUGUGAAAGGCCGACCACGCAUCACAAAGUCGUUUGAAUCCCGACCCCACUGAAGUCCCCCCCACCCCCGCACCCAUCCCGGGAGCUCUGGGCCAUUGACCCUGGGAGACAGCGAGACAAGCCUUCAAUUAGUGUCCUCAGAAUUUCCUUCAUUUGGGAGGAGUUUUGUUUUUUUGUUUUUUUUCAGAUCAGACUAAUAAAGAAAGAAAUAAGGAACCAA